AUGUCCAGCCUUCCGACUAGCAUCCGGCCAUCCAGCGAUGAAGUCAAGCAAGGGAAGUUAACCCCCCAGAACGUCGAAGUGGCCAUUCGCAGCCUUUAUCAUGAUGGCCUGGUGGUCGUGGAAAAUGCCAUUCCCCAUGACUGUCUUGAUCGUCUGAACAGCAAGAUGGUGCAAGAUGCAUAUACUCUCCAGAGCAGAAAGCAGGACAGUCCAUACAACUACAAUCCAGGAAACAUUCAGCAGGAUGCGCCCCCGAUGAGGGAGUUCUUCGACCAAAAGAUAUUCAUGAAUUCAAUCGCAACGCAAAUCACAUCCACCGCAUUAGGCCCUCGCCCGAAAUGGACCUUCUGUUCAGGAAACACGGCAAUGCCACCGACAGCAGAGACUCCACCGAUGUCGCAGCCAGUCCAUUCGGAUGCAGACUUUGACCACCCCAGCCACCCCUUUGCCCUGGUCAUCAAUGUACCUCUUAUCACCAUGACUCCAGAGAAUGGAUCUACCGAGGUCUGGCUAGGAACGCAUAAAGACAGCGGCUUGCAUGUGCAAGAGGGCCAGCAUGGUGAACGCGCAAGUGGGAGGAUCAAACAGGAUGAGCUCGAACAGAGGAGAGCUGUCAGACCACCCUGUCAGCCUACUGUUCCCAAGGGCUCUGUGGUUAUUCGGGAUCUGCGACUCUGGCAUGCAGGUAUAGGUAACCAGACAGACGAUGUACGAGUCAUGCUAGCAAUGAUCCAUUUUGCUCCGUGGUAUCGCAAUCCAAUGAGGCUCGAACUGGCAGAUGAUUUGAAACCUCAGAUCGAGGAUCAAAGCAAUCUCGAAGUGCCUGUGGACUGGGUGACAGUGGAACAGGCCAAAGACCGCUAUCUCAAUCGUGCUUUUGGCAACGCCUACGACUUUAGCCAAGGCAAUUGA